AUGGAUCUGACCGAAGGUUUUAGAGCUAGAUCCGGCGAUGGGCCGUGCCGAGAGGCGGUGACCGGACUUGAAUCGCUCGAUUUCAGCGACGGAUUUCGGCAAUUGGCGACGAUGCCACCGGAGAACACCGGCUCUUCAUUCACGGCUUUGCUCGAGAUGCCGGCGACUCAGGCCAUGGAGCUUCUCCAUUUCACAGAUUCAUCGUCUCCUCAGGCGAACGUUAACAGAGUCGCCGGAGAUAUCGCUCCUCACAACCCUUUCCGCAGAUUGACAUUUCCUUCUAAGUCGCUUCUAUUGGACCGCGCCGCUCGUUUCUCGGUGAUUGCCACUGAGCAAAAGGGAAACAUCUCCGGUGACUCCGUACCUUCGAAUUCCGGCGAGAAUCUGGACAGAGUCAAGGCCGAGCCUUCUGAGAGCGAUCCAUUGAUGGAGAAUCAGAGCAAUUCUUCUGGGAAGAGGAAAGAGCGCGAGAAGAAGGUCAAAAGCUCGACGAAGAAGACAAAGAGCUCAGAAGAAGCGGAGAAGCUGCCAUAUGUUCACGUUCGAGCUCGUCGUGGUCAAGCUACCGAUAACCAUAGCUUAGCAGAGCGAGCAAGAAGAGAGAAGAUAAACGCACGAAUGAAGCUGCUACAAGAACUGGUCCCAGGCUGUGAUAAGAUUCAGGGAACUGCAUUAGUACUAGAUGAAAUCAUUAACCAUGUGCAGUCUUUACAGCGUCAAGUGGAGAUGCUAUCUAUGAGACUUUCUGCAGUAAACCCCAGAAUCGACUUCAAUCUCGAUAGCAUAUUGGCUUCAGAAAACGGCUCUCUUAUGGAUGGUAGCUUCAAUGGAGAGUCCUAUCAUGAGCUGCAACAGUGGUCUCUCGAUGGUUACCAGCAGCAAGUAUGGGGAAGAGAAGAGGAUCAUCAUCAUCAAGCCAAUUUCUUGAUGGCUUCAGCUUCUUUGCAGCAAAAUCAGGUGAAAAUGGAGCUAUGA